AUGGCAAGAGGAAGAAAGCCUAAGGAGGGGGGUGACUCGGCUGCAGGACCAGAGGCAGCCGGGACCCCACUUCGCGGUGAGCUCCUUCAUAAGGCUCUCGGAGAUGUUUCACGCACGGCAGAUGGGAGCGGCUACGCUUUCACUCGAUUGACAUGUUGCGGAAAAGGUGUAACUACGUUGCCAACUUCCCUGCAACUCUAUGUUCAUCUGCGGUAUAUAGAUAUAUCCAACAACAAAAUCAGGGAUAUCGCUGCUUUCUCUAGGCUACCCUACCUUUUGACGCUAAAUGCGUCGGGAAAUAAUAUAGAAGAUGUAUCAUGUCUCUCCUCUCCAGAAGCGCUGCCGUACCUGUUUCUGCUCAAUCUGAGUAGUAACAAGAUAUCUAGGGCCCCCCAACUGGCCCUGCAGAAAUUGACUCGCCUCGCGCUUGACGCGAAUCCAAUCACCACACUAGAGGGGUUCGAACAGCCACCAUUGCUAACUCACUUGAGCCUUCGAGGAACUCCACUAGAAACUUUAGAUUCCCUGCCUCCAUCAGACACUAUAACAUCCCUUUACUUGUCACAUACUCCAAUGCAGCAACUGCGUCAGCUACAGAGACUUCCGCAAAUAAAAACGUUGGACUUGGAGGGCGUCCCCCUUCCUCCUGAUCAACUCCACAUUCUGGUUCUUCUCCCAAAGCUGAGGGAAUUGUCCCUAUCUUCUCCAGAACAAUAUUCGGACGAUGAGCACUUUAGGGCUGAGAUUCUCAGGGUCCUCCCUCGUCUUCACUGGAUAAACGGCCGUGGAGUAACAUCAGAUGAGCUGAAGGCAGCGAGGGCUCUGCGCGAGGCAAGCGCACAGCAAGAAAAGGAACUGGGACAGCAAGCAAUUCAGCAGGAUCUGGAAGGCGCGGAGACCAUAGAGGCUUAA